AUGAAGCUCAGCGAGACUCUAAAGAUCGUCUACUUUCGUGACCAGCUUUUCAUUUGGCGGAUUUGUGGCGCCAUGAAUCUCAGCGAAGGGAACUUCUGCAGUUGGGCUCUGCUUUUCUGCGUCUUUAUGUACCUGCCAACGCCCAUGUUGCUAAAGGUACUGUUCAGCUUUGAUAGUCCAUUGGACAAUAACUUCAACCUCUGCAUGUCAAUCACAUCGCUGUCCAAUGCAUUGAAGUUUUCUAUAUACGCGGCCCAACUAAAAAAAAUUGUUGAGAUACAAGCACUAAUUGCCAAGCUAGAUGAUCGGGUUUCUGAGGAGGAUCAGGAACUGCGACAUAGACAAAUGUCCGUGCACCUGCGAAAUAUAUCAAAACUAUUCGUAGUUUCUUAUAGCCUCCUGCUCAUCAACGCUGCAGUUCCUUUUCUUUUUAACAGUGAACGUAGUUUGCCGAUACCAAUGUGGUUUCCCUUUGACUGGAAAACCUCAACUACGGCCUACAUAGCAGCUGUGUUUUUUCAAGAAGUAGCCCUUGUUUUUCAUACUAUCCAGAACUUUUCAGGGGACUCCUUUCCUCCCCUAGCUUUGUUCCUGGUUUCCGAGCAAUGUCAGUUGCUGAUCUUAAGGAUUUCUGAAAUAGGAUAUGGUUCCAAGACCUUGAAGGCGAAUGAACAGGAGCUAGUCAAUUGCAUCAAAGACCAAAACACACUCUACAGAUUAUUAGACGUCGUUCACAGCCUUAUUUCGUAUCCCAUGAUGGUCCAGUUCCUCGUUAUUGGCUUUGACAUCGCUAUCACUUUGAUUAAUAUAAUUUUCUUUGUGGAAACCAUGUCGGAUAGAAUUUUCCAUAUGAGCUUUCUGUUAGUUAUCACCUUGCAGACAUAUCCCUUGUGCUAUUAUGGAACCAUGGUGGAGGAGAGCUUUGCAGACCUCCACUACGCUAUCUUCUGUAGCAACUGGGUGGACCAGAGUUCAACCUAUCGCGGAUUAAUGCUAAUCAUGUCGGAGCGCACCAAGCGAAGGCAGCUCCUCCUCGCCGGCAACGUGGUGCCCAUUCACUUGAGCACUUUUGUGGCCUGCUGCAAGGGAGCCUACUCUUUUUUCACCCUGAUGACUGACUGA